ACUACAUAUAUACACAGAAGAGAGUACAAGACUUUGCGCGCAUUACCUCCUCGUAAUCUCCUGCUUCGGGACUUUCCUGGUUGAAGAGCGGCCGACCGUCGUUCGUGGCUUGUCCGCGAUACCCUCACCCCCUUUCGGUUUAUUUCAGGCGCUCACCAGGCGCAAAUAAUACAUCAAGAUGCCAGGAUGGCGUGAGAGUACGAUGAAGAAGAUCGAUACUGUUGGAUCGGGGGUGAACAAGCACAUACGGGCCCAGCAAGAGUCCGUCUCGGGGCUCAGCUUCAAAGAUCGAUGGCGUGUUGCAAAGGGGGAGAAUGUGCGAUGGGAGACGACACGCAAGGAUGGCGGUUUGGGUGCAGCUGAGGAUGACGAUGAGAGUGCUAGCGUAGCAUCAGCAUCUACAUGGGCAUCAACAGGACACGCUUUACCUCCUUCCCUGCCCAACCGGGCUCAAGUUCUGCCUGGUGCUUCCUCUCGGCCCCCACCACCGCCAGUCCGUACCGUAGGCGCAAAAGGAGGCUCGCGCCCGCCACCCGUACCUACAUCCUCCAAACCAGGAGCAGUGCCUGCACCACCGCCUCGGACUGGGAACGCACCACCUAUUUUGCCGCCGCGCAUGGGCAAUGAACAGGGAAUUGACAACCCGCCGCCGCCAUAUGUUGGCGCUAAGACAGGUGCCACCAGGGUACCCACUGCUGGUGCUCGUGUUCCGUCUCUCCCGGCUCGCGAAGCAGCAACUUCAACAGGUCCAAAUCACAUCGAGUUCAGCAAGUUCGAUGCUGCCGAAAAAGCUGCUUUCUUUAACCUGCUGGAUCGGUACUUUGCGGCCAGAGGCGGGGACGUGACCCCAGCUUCCGUGUAGUGACGGAUCACGGGAGAAAAGUGUUGUACUUUGUCGUCAGUCAUUGAGAGUGCAAUGCACAUGGUCGUUGAAUUGAG